CAGAAAGUCAGAAUCAUAUAUAGCUAUAAUAUAUAUGCCCCUAAUAUUAUGGUAGGACUUGGAACAUUGUGGAUUAAUCUUGACCGAUUUUCAUACAAUUAUUUUAUUGAAUUUGUGACUACUAUACAUAUAUUACACGGAGUAAUCAUAAGCAUUGGCAGCUGGGUGGGUGAAUUAGGUGGAGCUCCGAUCGAUCCUUGUAUGUAAUUGAUCGAUCGAGAAAUAUAGUGAUGGGUUAUGAAGUGGUUAUGGAUAAAAGCAUAAUGAUAGUCACAGUGCUGGGAUUAAUGGCGGGUUACUGCUGGGAAAUGGGAGAAGGGAGAUUCGUGGUGGAGACGAACAGCAUCACUGUGGUUCAGCCCUACGACCUCCACGCCAAGCACAACGCCUCCAUUUCGGACUUCGGAGUCCCCAAGUACGGCGGCUCUCUCGUCGGCAGCGUCGUGUACCCGUCGGCACAGCACGGCGGACCCCUCGGCUGCUCCUCCUUCCAGGGCUUUAAGCCUUUCAAGUCCAAAACUUCUCGCCCCAACAUUCUCCUUCUUGAUCGUGGAG